UUAUUAUUCCAAAAUUUCCAAAUCCUUCUUCUUCUUCUUCUUCUUCUUCUUUUGACGAUUAUCUCCGUGAGUCCCUCAAGAAACAUGUGGAUAUGGGUCUGCGUCAGAUAAACAAAAAGAGUCAGCUUUCUUCUAGAAGAUUAUCAUUAUUAUUAUUAUUUUUCAUUUAUGAUUAUGCUCUUCUUCACCGGGAAGAUAAGUGGUUUACUAAUUGUAUUCUCGUUUCGCGAGUAUUCAUCAUUCUUGGGUUGUUUUGAUGGUUUACGAUGAAUCUCAUUUAAGUACUACUCAAAUUUCUUUCGUACACUUUUUAGAGAUUCUUCUGGCAAAUUUAUAUAUCAAAGUCUCAAGAAUCAUCAACGUUCACUUUUCAGAAGCCCUUCUUCAGUUCAAGAAGCAGCUCAAAGACCCCCUCAACUUUCUCGAUUCGUGGCGAGCCUCCGAUCAAGAAACGCCUUGUCGGUUUUUCGGAGUCAAGUGCGAUCCGGUUUCCGGGAAAGUUACCGAAAUCAAUCUCGACAGCAAGAACCUUUCCGGUCAGAUUUCGCCUUCUGUGUCUGUCCUUGAGAGCUUGACUGUGCUCUCAUUGCCCUCAAAUCACAUUUCAGGAAAACUGCCUUAUCAACUGAGCAAAUGUACCAAUCUUAGGGUGUUGAAUUUAAGUGAUAAUCACAUGACUGGACGAAUCCCUGAUCUUUCCAUGCUUAAGAAUUUGGAGAUUUUUGAUCUUUCCAUAAACUACUUCUCUGGAGGUUUUCCCAGUUGGGUUGGGAAUCUGACGGGCCUGGUCGGGCUGGGACUUGGGGAGAACGAGUACGAUGAAGGACAGAUUCCGGAGACUAUUGGGAAUUUGAAGAACUUGAUUUGGCUGUAUCUUGCGGAUUCCCAUUUGAGAGGGGAGAUCCCCGAAUCGAUUUUCGAGCUUAUGGCGUUGGGAACGUUGGAUAUUUCGAGGAAUACGAUCUCCGGGAAGCUCUCCAAGUCGAUUUCUAAAAUGCAAAGCCUUUUUAAGAUUGAGUUUUUCCACAACAACCUGACAGGAGAAAUACCUGUAGAGCUCGCGGAACUCACUGGUCUGCGGGAGUUUGAUGUUUCUGUAAACAAGUUGUAUGGUACAUUGCCUCCAGAGAUCGGAAACCUGAAGAAUCUGACGGUUUUCCAGCUAUACGAAAACGAUCUCUCCGGAUAUUUCCCUGCAGGGUUUGGUGAUAUGCAACAUCUUAAUGGGUUCUCAAUCUAUGGAAACCGUUUUUCAGGUGAUUUCCCCGCCAAUUUCGGCCGGUUCUCUCCAUUGGAAAGCAUCGACAUAUCUGAGAAUCAGUUUUCAGGUGCUUUUCCGAAGUUUCUAUGCGAGAAAAGAAAGCUGAAGUUCUUACUUGCACUGCAAAACAGUUUUUCCGGAGAGUUGGCAGAAUCUUAUGGUAAUUGUAAAACCCUGGAGAGGGUUAGAAUCAAUAAGAACCGUUUGUCUGGAAAAAUCCCAGAUGGAUUUUGGGAACUUCCUUUCGCGAAAAUGAUUGAUUUGGGUGAUAAUGAUUUCAGUGGAGGGAUAUCUCCCAAUAUAGGCUUCUCUACCAGCUUGACUCAGUUGCUGUUGGGCAACAACAGCUUUUUGGGCCAUCUUCCGUUGGAGCUUGGAAAGCUUACAAACUUAGAAAGGCUCUACUUGAGUAGCAAUAACUUCUCUGGACAAAUUCCUGCAGAAAUUGGUGCUUUGAAGCAGCUUUCAUCUUUGCAGCUUGAGGAAAAUUCGUUAACAGGUUCAAUACCACCCGAACUCGGUAACUGCGUCAGGAUAGCGGACUUGAAUCUUGCUUCGAAUUCUUUGACCGGUGGUAUCCCGCGUACGCUUUCGCAGAUGAGCUCUCUGAACUCUCUAAACCUUUCUAGAAAUAAACUUACUGGUGUUAUUCCACAAGAUCUUGAGAAACUGAAACUGAGUUCUGUGGACUUUUCGGAAAACCAGUUCUUCGGAAGAGUUCCCUCGGAUCUUUUGACCAUGGGCGAGGACAAAGCCUUCCAAGGAAAUGAAGGACUCUGCAUUGAUCAGAACAUGAGGGCGCAUACGAAUUCUGCAAUGAGUACUUGUUCUAGCAAACCCGGUCAGAAGAGCCUUCUUCGACGUAAACUAGCUGCGUUCUGCACAAUAGCUUCUGCAUUGGUUGUUAUUCUAGCUGGUUUACUCUUCGUGAGCUAUAAGAACUUCAAGCAAGGUGAAACCGACGUGGACAGUAGCUUGGAAGAGGGGAAGGGAACGGAAGCAAAAUGGAAGCUCGCGUCUUUCAACCAAUUGGAAUUUGAGGCAGAGGAGAUAUGUGAUUUGGAAGAAGACAAUUUGAUUGGAAGAGGCAGCACAGGGAAAGUCUAUCGCUUAGAUUUGAAGAGAAAUGGGAGCACAGUGGCUGUGAAGCAGUUAUGGAAAGGAGAUGCUGUGAAAGUCUUGGCUGCUGAGAUGGAGAUUUUGGGAAAGAUCAGGCAUAUAAAUAUACUGAAGCUUUAUGCAUGUUUAAUGAAAGAAGGAUCUAGUUUCCUGGUGUUUGAGUACAUGGCCAACGGUAAUCUGUUUCAAGCGCUUCACAGCGAGAUCAAAUGUGGGAAUCCCGAAUUGGACUGGUGCCGAAGGUAUAGAAUUGCUUUGGGAGCUGCGAGGGGGAUCUCCUACUUACACCAUGAUUGUUUGCCCGCGAUUAUACAUAGGGAUAUAAAAUCAACCAACAUUCUCCUCGAUGAAGAGUAUGAGCCUAAAGUUGCUGAUUUUGGUGUUGCAAAGAUUGCUGCUCACAAGGGCUCUGAUUUUAGCUCUGUUGCUGGUACUCACGGUUACAUUGCUCCUGAGCUGGCUUACACUCUCAAAGUCACCGAAAAGUGCGAUGUUUACAGCUUUGGCGUGGUGCUGCUAGAACUAGUAACUGGUAGAAGACCAAUCGAAGACGAGUAUGGAGAAGGGAAAGACAUUGUUUACUGGGUUUCGACUCAUCUCAACAAUCUUGAAGACGUCAUGAAAGUUCUCGACUGUCGAGUGGCAUCUGAAGUUCUCCAAGAUGACAUGAUCAAGGUCCUUAAAAUUGCCGUUUCCUGCACCAAAAAACUUCCUACUCUUCGCCCGAGCAUGCGAGAGGUAGUCAAGAUGCUUGUUGAUGCUGAGCCUUGCACUCUCAAGUCUCAGGAUAACAAUUCGGAUCACAGUUCAGAUAACAGACAUGAUAAGAUGUUUUUCUAGUUAUUUCAUUUCUUUCCAUUUACUGCAGAAGGUAAUAUCUCAACAUUCACGGAAAUCCGAGCAAGUUUUUAAUCGAAUCAAGUUUCCCUCAGUUUGGUAUUCAGAAGGCUUUUAAUUCUGCCAUCUGAUCAUGGGAAGUGUCUUGCUUUGUAUGAUGGUCAUGUUGUAGAAAGCUAAAUCUUGUAAUUUUGACUUGAGGUUUGGCUGUUUUUGUGUAUAAGCAUUAUAUUAGAUAAGAAAACUGUUUUU